AUGAUCGCUCGCGUCUGUCGUACACUUCGCGAUUGCGUUUACCGCUCAAUCACCUCAGUUGCCUUUUAUAAGACUCAACUAGACGAACUUAGUGAUACAAGAAUCAAAUACUUCCUAAGCAUUCAUGGUCCGCAAAUUAACGCCAUUAACUUUGACCUGUUUCGCUCCGUUGAGGAUGAGGCCUGCACUCAAUGGAGCUGGCGUCAGUCUGUGAUAACUGCUGUCAAAAUGUGCAGCAACCUCAGGGAACUGGAUAUUUUAGUAUGCAAACGUCAUCGAUUGAGAGACACAGAUCUUUUAACGAUUUUCCGCCAAUGCCCACAACUUGAAACCCUCUGCAUCGACGCUCAAUACUUAAGUGGACAUUGCUUCCAGGUUGUUCCCAUAGGAAUGAAACGGUUGGAAUUGGAAAUGUGUUUGCGAAUGUCCGAGGUUUCAAUGCGUUGCAUAUUCAAUCGUCUUAAAAAUCUUGAGGAUCAGCUCAUUACUUCGUUAGCGAGCAAUUUGAAGAACUUGAGAGAUCUUUCAAUUAUUGGAAAUCCUGAUGUACCUAACCUAGAUCUAUCGGCUUCUGCCUUGUGUCAUUUGGCGCGCCUUCCUCGCCUUCAAAACCUCUGUUUGGAGGGCAUAACGGCUGUAACAGAUCGAUUUCUCACGGAACUCAGCGACACUACAAACGCAGCGGCUCGAAACAUCACAAGCCUCUCACUGGCGUUUUGCUUCAACUUUAGCUCGUAUGGCAGGACUUCAGCGGCAUUGGCAAGAUGCAAAAACUGGAUAGCGGUAAAUUCUCGACGGUACACUCAAGCGCAAUUUCAUCGUCUUCUGAAAGUGCGAAGAGGCCGAGCUGAG